AGGGCGUCUGAUCAUUUGAAGCAGUGAGGAGGUUUUGUUACGGUUUAGUUCCAACUUUAGGACAACUUUUGAGAGCUUCGCGGCACUUCAGUUUGUGUCUGAUGGCGCAGCAAUUAUGUGCAGAAAGCACCUGUCUUUCUGUGGUCUCUUCACAAGGUGCACAGAGUUCAGGCCAUUCGGCGUUGCAUACAAAACAGGAACAAGACAGCCGGAAUGUGGCGGACCACAUUCAGGCUGCGUGCGAAAUUCGCAGGUGUCCAGUCAAGGUACUGCACUGGUGCAUCUGGAUUGCAGCUUGCUUGUACGUGAUGACCUCCUUCGCUACCUGUGAAGUCAACAGAAGUCUUCCCAAAAGGCUAAACCACGUGCUCACCCGUAGCUCUUACUGGGGCGUCACGAGAAAGUGGGACCUCUCCGACCGGGAGUGGAGGGAGGGACGGCAGUUCAUCCUCAUGGCCUGGCCUUGGCUUCUGCUGCACUCCGUCAUCGGUCGGGCACUCGCUCACGUGAUGCCGUCGCUUGUCCCUCACUACCACGCUGCCUACUCACUUCUCUUCGUGACCUUCAAGCUGGGCUGGCUGAGCGCCGCCAUCUUUUUCGCCGAGCACGCCGCGUUCUUCGGGCUGGCCUGUCUGGGAGUGCCCGCUCUCUGCUACGGGGCGGCACUGCUAGCGUUGACACACUACAAGGUCUUCGACUACGACAUCUUUGACGGCGUGUACCAGUGGUACGGCAGGAACACCUACUACCUCACCGCGGUGACUUUCUACUGGACGGCAUUGCGGUGCCUCAGCUUCUGUAUGGACUUCCUCUGGCGAAGCGAAGAGACAGAUUCAGAAAAGAGGCAACAGCAGCGCCGCCUGCCCGACUACUGGAAGACACUAGCAUAUGCCCUCUACCUGCCUCCACUGCUGACGGGACCUUUGCAGAACUACGAUGACUUCGAUGCAUCGGUGACAAAGCCCAAGCAUCCGGUGUCGUUGGACGAAGUCAAAGCCUGCGUUGGCGGUCUUCUGCGCUCCGCUGCCCACUUCUUGCUCAUGGAUUUCAUGUGUCACUACUUCUACAGUUCGGCGCUGCUCAAGGCACCAUACCUUGUCUCAAGGCUGAACCUUACCUGCCUCUUGGGCUUUGGUGCAACCCUGAACGUGAUGUUCUUUGUCAAGUACCUCGUCCAGUACGGCGUACCCAAUGCCUUUGCCAGAAUUGAGUGUCUGCACCUUCCUCCACCGCCCAAAUGUGUCGCCAGGUCCCACCUCUGUUCCCAUUUCUGGAGAUAUUUCGACCAUGGCCUUCAUUUGUGGAUCAAAAAGUAUUUGUACCUGCCCAUGGUGGGUCCCGAAAAUGAGGUCCUCUGGCGACUGCUCGGCACCGCGCUGGCUUUCUCUUUCAUGUGGCUCUGGCACGACAUGACGGUCGCCGUCACUUUCUGGGCUUCGCUAAGCUUCGUCGGCAUCGCGCUGGAAGUGGGCAUGUCGCAAAUCAGGAAGCUGGGCUUCACCAAGAAACUCGAGGUCAAGUGCCAGAGACGCGGAUGGAUGAGAUCUGUCAAAGCGGUCCUCGGAUCACCCCACUACUUGCUUACCAUAUUCUCGUGCCUCUUUUUCCUCACCAAUGUGGAGAUAACCACCAUAUUCUUCAAGAGGGUCAUCCUCGGUUUCCCAGUGCCUCUGCUGCCUGUGCUGGCGUGCCUGUACUUCGGUUGCCAGGCGUCUCUGGACGUUAUGGAGUGGGAGCAUUCAUCCAAAGUCAAGGGGAAAACGUCAUGACGCGCACGCAAGAAUACACGAACCACUCUCUACCGCGGCUGCUGGGAGAAUUAGCCGACGUCGGGAGCUCUCCGAAAUUAUGAAGUCUGCAUUAAAGAGAUUUUACUACAGCUACAAAUGCGUAGCGU